AUGGCCACAGAGUUCUACUUCUACAUCGUCCUCGGCCCGAUACUCCUGCUCGUCUCGAUUAUCCUUCUCAUCACGAUUCUCGUGCAAUUUCGGCUCCGACAACAGUACUCCAUCUUUUGUGGUGACUCAAGCCUCAUUUUAAUUCAAAAACUAUGAAUCUUAGUGAAAUUCGGCGUCGAUGUUAUAACGGCGACUAGUCUAAUCGUUUUGGCUUGCCUGGAUCGUGAGAGGAACGAAAGUGAAUGCGGAGCUACAUUGGUCAUUUCAACCUCGAUCCCAUUGCUUCAGGUUUAUUUCAAGUUGCGCCCGACAAAAAACGCCUUGCGCGUGAGGGCAUUGUGAAGCAUUGAAAUAAGAAAGAAACUGGAAAACUCGUGACUUCUAAAAGCUCAUUUUUCCUUUCUUGGUUCUUAUAAGGUCAGAUCCAACUUAAAAAGGUCUUUACUAUGAAAUCUGAUGACUUGCCCUUUUCAGGUGCUCCUAUUGCUCUGCGAAGUGAUAGACUGGUCCUUGGCUGCUUUCUCGCCGGUUUAUUUUCACAAAUCAUCACUUCUAUCGCGGAUCUUGCCGUUCAUCGCCGGCGCAGUCUGUUCAACCGUUAUUUUGACCGCUUUAGUCAUGAUUGGUGGGUGAUUUUUUUUUUCAAAUGAUGAAGCCAAAUUUCUGGCAUCAGGCCAGUUAAAAUGGAAGAGGGGCCGUUUGGCUGAGAGAGCUCUAUCGAAUAGAAAGUCGGGGCAAUUAUUGCGACCUUUAGAUGAGAAAUGGUCUCAACUCAUCUCUAAAGUUCGAACGGAAACUUUUCUACUAGAUUCAGGCUCUCUGAUUUAAAAAAUACACUAAAAAGACAGAAAAGACGUCCAGCUCAAAUUUAAUCGCAUUUCGAAUAAAGAAAAGCGGAAAGCGUAUAGACCAAGUGACAGUUGCAAAAAUCGGGAAAUAAAAAAAAACUGAGGUCAAUUCUUUAAAAAAAAAUCGAGCUUAUAAAACUUCCGAUUUUUUUGAUUUUUUUUUUUUGAGCACAGAUUCGUGAAAAACAUUUGUAAAUGGUCCAAUUUUGGGUUAAGUUGGAACCCGAAAAGGCGUGGAACUGUCUGCGCACUCCAAAAAUCCGACAAUUUUUGUUUCGUUUCGAGACCCUUUUUUGGUGGCUCGAGCUAUCCGCUCAUAGCCAACCUUUAUUGAAAUUUCCAUAAGUCACUGGAAAACUUAGAUGCGACGACAAACUCAUCAUCUUGCGUCGAUUCGCCCGAGGCGACGGCGGUCAUUUCGGCCUACGAUUUCUCCGCCGCCAUCGCCACCGUCUGCGUCGUCACCCUAGGCGUUCUUCUGUGUCGCAAACUGAACACCUCCGUUUUUCGACCAGUUGCAGUGAGUUAUCGACUCGAGAUUGGAUAAUUUAUGUCUUCAGUUCCACUUCGUCGCUACUUUGGUCCUGCAGGAAGUGCCACUGAUAACUUGCAUCGCACUAAAAUACGGGAAUGAGGUUGGCUAUCUUAUUUUCCAAAAUGAUGACUUUUUCGUUGAUGAAGAAGGAAAUGAAAUGUUAACCCAUUUUUAUUGCAUUGAAACUUUUGAAGUCGAUUUUCUUUUGAUUGAAAAAAGCCGUAUUUAGCCUCAAUCGGUACGGAAAAGCUUCUUUAUAGCGUAAAAUUCCGAAAAAUUUCAAGAUUUACAGUUUGCAGUAAGCCUCUUUUUUAAAUUUCAAAAUAAAUGGCUUCUUCUAGCUUUUUAGGCAACCUUCUUCUGACCUUUUUACUUGAAUGAUCAUUUCACUCUCUCGAAUAAACUUUCAAACAAAAAGCUGUGAAACUAGAGAAACUUUCUUUGAGUUUUAAUCCUUUUCACCAAAUAAGGCCAAACUUGAUUUUUUUUUUUUCUUUUCUUUUUUCCUUAUUUUAGACUGUGAAGGGAGACGAUUAAGAGUCAAAAAAGUCCUAAAAGUUUUUAAAAAGGGUCUUUCUAAGACUUAAAAACGGAGGGAUUCUGAAGACCAACUAUGAUAAAACCCAAAUAAUUGAUCCUUCUGACAAGUGCUUUUGAAGAAACGAGCGGUGAUGGCGGCGGACGUGACGAAUUGGCUGUUCUGCCUGCACUCGCUGGCCCAUUCCAUCUAUUUCGUCUACAAUCAUCAAGAUUGUCGGGUUGGUGCAGCUCCGAGAAGGAGAUUCACUGGGAAUGAAUGUACUGCAGGAAGGAUUGAAAGCGACGUUUGUCCAUUGCCGCGUCGUCGCCCACUUUGCAUCAUAA